AUGAAGGUGAUUGCGGAGAGCGGACAGAAAGUGGUUGGAGCGAUGCGUUCAAACUCGAGAGAAAACGUGACGGUGGUGGUCACCAUCAGCACGGCGGGUGCCACCCUCGCCCCGUGGAUCAUCUACAAAGGGCAGCGUCUGCAAGCGGACUGGGUCGAAGGCAGAAACGGCCCUCCGAACGCGAGACUGGCAGUCACCGAUUCCUCGUUCAUGCAGGGGAUCGCAUUCGUCAACUACGUUCGCGACUUUCACCGGCAGCUUCUCGACCGCGACUUGAUCAACGGCACGCCACACGUGCUCGCGCUUGAUGGCCACGCCUCGCAUGUUACCUACGAAGUUGUCAAAUUGGCCAGGGAACUAAACAUCGUCCUUUACCAGAUACCGUCCCACUCGUCUCAUGUUGUUCAGCCCUUGGACGUCGGGUCGUUCGGGUCAUUCAAGCGGGAAAUCACCAAGGUUCUCUCGGCCUUCCCGGCACGAAACGGUGGAAGGGUGCCCGCGAAGAGCGACAUGUUGGGCAUUCUUGGGGAUGCUUGGUUGCGGAGCUUUUCCGAGGAACAGAACAUAUCAUCCUUUGUAGGGGCAGGCCUUUGGCCGGUGGACGGGUAGCGGGCGAUGGGUCGACUUCAAGGUGUAGGGAAGAGGAAGGAACGAUCAGGUGCCCGCCGGCCCGUCGAGGACAUCACAGUGGCGAUUUCCGACAAGGAUCUUGCCGACAACCUCGGCCCACGAACGGUUCGCGAGCUGCAGCAAAAGGACCAGUGCGUCAAGAGCAUCCUUAUCAACACGGUCAUGCUCGGAGCCUUCGUCAAGGCGAAAAAGAAGCAGAAGAAGCUCGCCAUCACCCGCAAGUCGCAAGGUCUCCCGGAAGGAGGGNAGUGGGGGAGGGGGUUGUGGCGAAUGCCACUGGGCGGGGUGCUGGUCGUGGUCGAGUGGUCGGAGGGGUAGUGGGGAAUGCCGGCGUAUCCAGGUCAGGGCGAACGCUGACGCCGGCACGCGUAGUCGACGUGUAGGUUUUUCUGUACUGAUCCGGACUCAAUCUAGUUUGAUUCCAAAUCGGUUGAAACCGCCCUUGGAAUUGGCAAGGAGUCGGCAAUCAAGUGGUUGGAGUUUUUUUUUGGAGCGUCGAGCAGUUCUGCGAUUGUACGAGGCCACGCUUUACCGUACUAGCGGUUUGAAUCAGUUUCUGACUGGAAAACCCGGGGAUGUGACCACUCUGUCCCCGGUUGGGGACUCCUCCCCCCCGUUUGUAUUUACUUGCUCCUUGCUUUAGUGUCGAGGUCUGUGUCAAACGGUGAAUCAUGGGGUGAAAGCGAGGUAGAGAAAAACAGUAGAUGCAGCGUCGUGUAUAUUGGGACUGGGGGUUGCCGUAGACGGACGCGAACACCGGUAAAUGCCCGCUUCUUA